GGACGAAUGGUUAGAGUCGGUGCGGCAAUGGCAGGUGACAUUGCGGAUAGUGCGGCUCGGCACUACACUUGCAAAAUGACUCUAGGGCGUGCAUUCGACUACAUACAUGUGCCGACUAUUCCACGAUGAACAAUAGAUCUGUGUGGAAAACCAAAUGCUGCUUUGUCACAAGACGCUAAAGCACUGCCUUUCAUUUUUUGUUGAGGAGAGAUGACUCGAUUGAGACCUGAUCAGUCUAUGUAUGAACCAAAGCUCGCUUCUCGAUCCUUUCUUUACUCACAUUCCAACACAUUGAGAUCACUCUUUCGGUGACAUGGACGACGGACAAGAUCUUUCAACAUCUGAUAAGCCAUUGAGGGCCGGAUCGGAGAAGUCAGCCGAGGACGAUGCCGCUAGCAGCAUCAUGCCCGAUCAGCACAACGACGACAUCUCAUGGCACUACCUCACAUUCGAGACCGACCUUCCAACGCCAUUAUGUCUCUCCGCACAGGCAAAGACGCGCGAUCAUAGCCAUUCAACCCCGACUCCCUGUCCCGACCUCAAGAAGUACACUUCACCAUUCCUCUGGUCCGCAAGUCGCAAAACCUUCACGACGUGGCUAUCAUGUACGGCGACUGUCGUCACCGCAUACACCGCGGGAUCCUAUGCUCCAGGCAUUGGCCAAAUGACCGAGGAAUGGAACAUCUCAGCAGUAGCUGCACAGGUCGGCAUCACCGUCUUCACGGUCGGGUUCGCCAUGGCCCCCAUGUUCCUUGCGCCGUUCAGCGAGAUCAACGGAAGGAGGCCGAUUUUUGUCGUCACCGGCGUGCUGUUUGUUCUGUUCCAGUUGACGUGCGGUCUGACACUCACUUUCGCCGGCAUGCUGAUUGCGAGGUUCCUAGCUGGAGCCAUGUCUAGUACCUUCAGCACCGUGGUAGGCGGCGUCGUGUCCGACAUCUAUCAUGCCAGCGACCGAAACACCGCCAUGACGCUCUUUUCUGCCGCGGCAAUGUUUGGCACUGGACUGGGGCCCAUGAUCUCCUCCAUCCUUGUCACAUAUACCACAUGGCGCUGGUGUUUCUAUCUCCAGGUCAUCACGGACGGCGUUCUCGUCAUUUUCAUCAUUUUCUUCUUCCAGGAAACGCGAGGUUCUGUUUUACUCUCGCGAAAAGCCAAGGCCUUGAAUAAAUGGUACGAUCAGCUGGAGUCAGAAGGUCACUAUGGCGUCAUCUUACCCAGCGCCGAUGACUUGUCGAAACAGAGUGUUCAACGAAUCCGCUGGAAGGUCGCUGCCGACGAGGAGCGCGGCUCGAUUCUCCAAAUGAUCAGCAUCAGUCUCUGGAGGCCGUUCUACAUGCUUCUCACUGAACCGACGGUGUUCUUCUUCAGCCUCUGGAUCAGUUUCAGCUGGUCAGUACUGUAUUUGACGUUCGGAGCGAUCCCCCUCAUUUUCGAAACCACCUAUGGCUUCACCACGCUGCAGGCCGGCGGAGUCUUCUCCACGAUCAGCAUCGCCAGCAUCAUCUUCGCGCCGAUCGCAAUCUUCCAGGAGAGGCUCCUGUGGCCGUAUCUCCCCGAGAAGCAUCGAAAGCUCCUCAAGACGCCCGAGGGCCGGCUCUACUUUUGUUGUUUCCAGUCGGCUCUGCUUCCGAUCGGCUGCGUAUGGUUCAGCGUCGCGGGAGCAUAUCACAACGUCCCGUGGAUCGUGCCUACCCUAGGAGUCGGCUGCGCGACGAUCGGCAUCUUCAGCGUCUACCUAGCAGUAUUCAAUUAUCUCGCAGACUCCUACCACCGCUAUGCGAGCAGCGCAUUGGCCGUGCAGGGAUGCUGUAGGAACCUGCUAGGAGGCGCAUUCCCCAUCUUCACUCGGCAGUUAUAUACGACCAUGACGUUUCAGGGUGCUGGCGGGUUCCUGGGAGGCGUUGGAUUCCUGUUGACUAUCGUCCCGUGGGUAUUACUGAUAUGGGGACCUUCCAUCCGAGCCAGGAGUAAGCUCGCCGGAGAGAUCGUCGCUACUCCUUUCAAGAAUGUGGGUCGAGCAUCCUGAGCAAGGUGUUCAUCGGAUACUUUAGCAUUCACGACGCCAUGGGAAUGACAAAGGAGCACGGCUGCUCAUGACGCAAUGAAUGGAAGCUCAAAAUCAUGGAUUGGCGCAAAUAGAAUUUGGGCGUUGGAACAUCAUUUACAAAGCAUAUAGAGUUCAAAAGUCCACGAGAAUCGUGGCUAUAAUAUUUGGUUCAAGCAUCAUCAUCAUCAUCAUCAUCAUCAUCAUCAUCAUCAUCAUCAUCAUCAUCAUCAUCAUCAUCAUCAUCAUCAUCAUCAUCAUCAUCAUCAUCAUCAUCAUCAUCAUCAUCAUCAUCAUCAUCAUCAUCAUCAUCAU